CUGAAAUUGCAGCCCCGCACGAGAAGUGCCGCCGCGCCUCCAUCCCUCCACCGCCGCCGUCCCUCCCACUCUGCGGCGUCCUUCCUCGAUCCGCAGUCGUCAAAUCAAAUCUAGACGAGAUCGGCUGGAUACGCCGCAUCUCCCCUGACACCCAGCUUCAGCUGCUCGUGAGAUAUAGCCAUCGAUCUCGACGAGUUCCAGAUCGAUCAGAUCCAGGAUGCGGUGGACGACGGUGGCGAGAAGUGGCCAGAUGAAGGUCGCGUGGCCCUGUGCGGGUGGGCAGUCGGCACAAGAGGAGCAGCGGCGAUGUGUAUCUCAUCCUGUGGGGGGACAAGGAGGAUGGGAUGGAGCCUCCUGCAGUGGAGGACGAUGAAGGGGAGCAGCGCCGCCCCUCCUCAGUGGAGGAUGAUGACAAGGAGAUGUCGGCGGCGUGAGAUUCCUCUUUAGACCUGCAGCGGCGGCGAAGUGAGGGCACAUGGCGACACUGGAUCGAAGGCCGCGGCAGCAGAUCGGUGUUAAGAACUUCUGCUGUAGUGGACAUCAAGAUCAUGCAGCAACCACAGAUAUUUUUGAAGCACGUUCUACUUGGAUUUGACCUGUCUCUCUGGUGUUAGAUAAGCUAAGCGCUCACAUAUUCCUGCCAGACCUAGAAGUAUUUUCUAUUGCACCCCAUGAGUUACUUUGAUCUGAUUAGUUGAGAUAUUAUGAAACUCAUGGUGACUAAGCAGUAUUGUUUUCCCGCAAAAAAUAAAGACCACGCACUAUUGUUUUUGGACAGAAUGGUGGUUUCAGAGUAAUUACAAUGACAGUAUGAUACAUUGCUAUAUAAUCAAGUUUUAAUGUGCAUUAUUCAGUAGACCUGACAUGACUUACAUAGAGAGAAACAUCUGAUACUGUAUUGUACUCACAAAUAUUUAAUUAUGGUUGGGGCUUUCCAUACAGAAAACAAGAUGUGUAUGUUGCCAUGACAUUUAAGUGUAGGUCUGGCAUGGAAAAGGAUGAAUCCAAUAAGCAAUUACAAGUAGGGAAAGAAAAUAUAUGCUAAAUGCAUAUACAAGAAGGAAGGAGUAGCUGCUGAGAAAGGAAAUAAAGAGAAAGGAAAUAUAUGCAUAAAUAUAUGCAAAUAUAUGCUAAUUGCAUAUAAAAGGAGUCGCUGGGUCCUAGCUUAAAAAUGCAAUGCUAUGGCACAUCUCAUUAACAUAAAAGGGUAACAAUUUUUCUUCUAUAGUUUUUUGAUUAUUUGUGAAGUUUAAGUGGUAUUUUUUCAACUAUUUAAGCAUUUAUUUAUUUUAUACCCGAUGCAACGCACGGGCCCUUUUGCUAGUAAUAAUAAAGCACGGAUUGAAUCUGUUGGGUUCACCGUCGUGGCUUUUUUGCAUAAAGGUCCGUGUGCUUUUUAGUAUUUGACCCGCAGUCCAUGGAUAAGUGAAAAACGAUUCGUUAUUAAUUAGGGUCGGGUCAACGCGGUGGCACGGCAGCGCGAUGCAAAACGGCGGCAGCGGCUGGAGCUUGCAGGGGCCGGAUCCGUGCGCGGUAGGGGCUGGGGAGGCGGAUCCGAAGGCGGGCGGCGUGGCGAGGAUCGCCGGUGACGACGAGGAAGGCCGGAGCGCGGCUUCCCGGGCGGGUUCAUGGCAUCCACGACUAUUGGGCAGAGGGGAGACAAGGAGGCGAGGGAGAGAAGAAGGGACAAAGGAAAAGCGGUGCGGAGAGAAGAAGGCCGGAGCUCGCCGGAGCCGGGCGAUGGCGGACGGGCGCGGGAGACGGAGGGAAGGCCGGAGCUCGCCGGAGCCGGGCGAUGGCGGACGGGCGCGGGAGACGGAGGGAUCCCGUGCGGGGGCUGGUUCCGACGACCACUGCUGCGUGGCCGCGGGAGGACAGCACGCGCCGUCGCGCCGGAGCCGCCCAGGAGCAACCAUGGAUGCUCCGCGUUCAAGGUGUACAAGGCCGAUUUGGAGUGGUUCCCUCGCAAGCUCCUGCUAUUCCCCACCUCUCGCGACGUUCUGCAUCUAGAUUGUUUUCUUCAGUGGCAGGAAGGUUUCCAAGGAGGUACAGAAAGCGAGGUUCAAACAAUUCAGUGCAGCAGCAGCAACACCUCCAAGGAGGACUAGGAUCUGGCUGUGCUCCACGACUAUCACAACCAAGCCGUGGAGCACCAGAGAUCACGACUUGAAAAUUUUAACUGCAAUAUUUGUUGGUCAGUGUCCUCAUCUGAAAUUGUUCGUAAGGUAGUGCUUUAUUCUGUAUAGCAUCCUUGGAAGAUUGUGUGGUGUGAUGCUUGGGUGUAGAGCCUUUUUUGUUAUUCUGUAUAGCAAAGGGAAAUAGCCUCAGGCCCUCAGUUUGGUAUAGCAAUGGGGGUGAUCCUUCGUUGGAAGAAACAUUGGUGUGAAACAGAUAGACUUACUGUUUUUUUAUACUAUACUAGCAUAGUGUUGGUUGUUAAUUUUAAGUGUAUCAGCAGUUUUUUCAGCCAAUGAAGUUAUGCUCACGACAUGGAGAACUUCAAGGACAACCUGCCUGAACAGUUUCUACCUGAUUAGUGAACUAGGCCAUUUACUAUACAAAUAGUUAUUUUGUUGCAAGUUACGCCGUUGCUUCUAAAUACUACACUUUUGGUUGUAUUUAGCAACUAAGAAUGACACAAGCAGCUGCUAAAACAUUCGAGCAAUGCCCAAGGUUAGUACAGGAAGCAUAGUUGUUUGUUUUAGUAGAAAUUAUAUUCCUUUUUUCCACUACUGUGAACAUGGACGUGAGUAGGUAAUUGCUCCUAAAAGAAACCUAAUUAAUGUAUUGUUGAACCUAAUUUUGAGAUGAUUUUAUUUCUGCCAUUGUACAGUGCACAUUAGCAUCGUCUAAAUACACAUGUCUCUGGGGUUUCUUUUUGGUGGCAAAUUGAUUCUUGCAAUCAUGGUGGAAAGGCCAGCAAUAAGGCACUCUACACUGAUGAAAUUUGCAUAAGUAUUCCUUUUUGUGAUAAGAUUUCACCAAAAGUUUCAACAUUAAGAUGUUUACUUAGUUAAAUCCUGAACUGAGGCACCCACCCAUACAUGUAUAAGCUCCAAAAAAUAAAACAAUUUGCAAAGAAUUUUUCAGCUUUCGGGCUAUAAGCGUUAGACAUUUUCAUAAGAAAUGCUGAAUGUUAGUAUCAAUUGAAUCAAUUUGACCUUACACGCAGUGCAGGUAUUGUUAAAUCUGUAGUUGUAAUUUAUUCACCUGUAACUUGAUUUUCUUUUCACUUCUCUUUUUAUAAAUUCAUGUAGUCGGCUAUAAUAAUGAUAUUUUUUUCUUUUGAGAGAGAAAUUGUGUGUCUGCUCUGGGUUUAGUUUUAACGUCAGCUCGUUACAAUCCGUAACUACUUGUAGACUACUUCAUCCGGAUGGGUUUGCAACUUUGUGUACAGACUGCUUCAACACUUCUAUUUUCUAUAGGACUUGGAUUAAUAAUCUCCAACAAUAUGGUCAUGCUUCUUAUAUUUACUUUCAGUUCUAAAUACAUUUAUGUUUUUCUCUAUGUUGUACUACUAAACUAUGUGUGCUAAAGUAAACAUAAAAAUAUGACGGGGUGGUGGUUUCAGCCAUAGAAAGAAUUGAUUUGGAGAACAAAGGGAAUUUUCGGCGGACGAAGAACUCGCUCGAGAUGCUCCAGUGAUGAUUUUAUAUAGCGUUUUAUCUAAACCUGGGUUCCUUCUUUCAGACUGGGCGGUGCCCUAUGAUGUGAAGCCGGUGUAAUAACUUUUUCAUUUGGCAUCGGUGGUGAUGUGACAACCUUUUAGACAAUUUGGCACCUGUAACACAGUGGAAGACCUCAUACGAGCUGGUUGCCUUCCUGGUAGUUGUUGCGGGUUCUGAAUUAAGUGUACAACUAUGUUUAAAACACCAUGAUCAGAAGCUGUGGUGGGUGUACAGAUUGACUCUUAUUACAUGACUAUUCCUAAGAUUGAUUCUGAUUGGGUUAGGGGCAUGUGAUUUUGUUCUCCCGGUGCAACGCACGGGCCCUUUUGCUAGUAAUAAUAAAGCACGGAUUGACUUUGUCGGUUUCACCGUCACAA